AUGGUUGGUAUAGAGAUGGAUCUACACAUUGAUCUUACAAGUCAACAAGACAAGAUAAUAUCACUUGAAAAAACUACAGUUAUCACUAGGAAAUUAGGAAUAGGGAAAACUACUAUUUUGAAAUUAAAAUUAUGUCGUAGACAAGUUUCUGAAGCAGGGAGUAGCAGAGUCCAGGAUGCCAUUGAUGAUCCUGAAGAAAACAAAGCGAGUUUUCUGCGCCAGCCUUUUGUGACAGUAAGCCCAAAUUUGUGUGCUGAGGUGAAGCAAUACGUUUCCCGCCAUACAAGCAUUUCAAGUGAUGAUCCCGAGACAUUUGUUGACAUUCCAAGGGAAAGCUUCCCUCUUAUUAUCACAUUUGAGAAGUUAUUGCUAAUGUUGGAUCACACACCGGGGGAGUCGUUCUUUGACCAAUUUAAUAUGGGUGACGAGAAAAGUUCUUUCAUUAGAUCAAAGAAUGUCACAUAUGACAUAUUUCUGUCACACUACUGGCCCCAUCUUGGAGCAAAGAAGCUCGAUGCCUCAAGAGUGUUCACAGAGAUAAUGUCUCAUAUAAAAGGUGGAUUGCAAGCAGCAGAAAGUGUUGAUAGAAGACUCAACAAUGAGGCGUAUUUUGAAGGCCGGUCAUCAACAUUAUCAAAACAGACAAGAGAAUUGAUUUACGCAGUCUUUCAAUCAUAUGAGGAGUUGAAAACGAAACUUUGUGAAUUUGAUUGGGGAUACUUAGUAAACGACCUCCAAAAUCGGUUUCAAGAGAUGGAAUAUGGAGGUGACUACAUGGACUUUGUAUACAUCGAUGAGGCACAAGACCUGAGUAUGCGAAGUAUUAUUCUAUUAAAAAAGAUAUCUCGGGAUUUUGAACAAGGGUUUAUGUUUGUGGGUGAUAGUGCACAUACUGUAACCACAAGGAUCGAAUUUAAGCUUGAAGAUAUACGUUCCUUGCAGGGCCGGUCCAAGUCGAUUUGA